UUUUUCUCUUUUCGGCGGGUCGUGUCGUGUAACACGCUUGAAGACUGUACAUGGGUUACUCAAUGGGCAUCGCCAGUCAUUUGCCUGAUCAUCCUUUGUAUGCUGCAAUUUCAAUCCUGGGCAGAUUUCGAUCCAUUUUAAGAUUCUGCAUUGUCCUGCCGGGUAUCGUAGUAUUUAGUCGUAAGAGAUGUCUGAUGAUGGAGCAGGUCGACGGAAAGGAGAUCGAUACGAACUCAUGAGGGAAGAAAUUGAAUGCUACAAAACCAUGGGAUAUGUGCAUCUCAAAGGGGUACUAUCAGAAGACGAAUUGCACAAUUUGGAAGAAGAAUACAUGUCGUUUUUAAGGCACGAAGUAGCAGUCGAAGGUCGAGAUUUCUGUGACAUGUCUGCAGAUUACUCUAAGCCUCUGGAAGAUUACUCGAUUGUGAACAUUAUGCUCCCUUCCAAGUACAAUCCGUGGCUGAAAGGAAAUAUUUACGAGAAGAGAGCAGCUUCAAUAUCCGAGCAACUGUUGGGACCGGACAUGGUGUUCGAUUACGAUCAACUUCUAGCCAAACCUCCGGGUAAGUCCGAUGGUGUGUUUCACUGGCACCAGGACCUUGCGUACUGGCCCGUUACGGACGACACAAGAACAGCUUCAUUCUGGCUCGCAAUUGAUAAUUCCCGGGUUGAAAAUGGAUGCAUACAGUUUGUUCCAGGAACACAUCUGGAGAAAAAUUUGAGGUAUCAUGGACCUCUGCAUGGAGAUCGCGACAAGUCGCAUACUUUGGCAGCUAGAUUAGCUGAGGAUGAUAUGCCUAAACCUGCUGAAAUUGACAGAGGCGAUGUGACUGUUCAUCACGAGAGAACGUUACAUGGCUCUGGUAUCAAUUCAAGCACUGAUAGCUGGAGACGCGCAUGGGUGGUGGCAUUUCGAUCUAAGGAAACCGUUGAAUUUGAACGUAGUAUAGGAUUCACCCACUCACACAACGACAAACUGGAAACUUUGAAUGCAGUAGGUCAGGAGAAUACGUAAAAAAACAGAUCCAGUACUGCGCUGUUUUAAUAAGGAAAACUGUGCAGGCUCUUCAAAUUCUUAUUGAUAAAAAACUUUUCCCUAGUUUACAGCAUCAUCCAACUAAUAUGUGAGGACUCACAUUGGUUUCAUAUUUUGACAUAGUUUCAAUUAUCCUAUGUAUUUAGUUCCUUGAAAUAGUAGUGUCCGGACAAAUUGUUCAUUUUAAACAUUAAACAAUUUUUGUAGUAUCUUUUACCAGGAGCCACCAAUUCGAGGGGCUUCAAGUAUUUCAAUG